AUGCGCCCACACUGGAUGAGUCGGAGGCCGUCCCACGUGUACUGUGUUGACUGUCAAUGUCUCCGGGAGCCCAAUUCCCGGAAGCUGUGAGCUCUGAGAGAAGUUCCUGCGCUCGGUGCCCUGAGUCUGCGAAUCCCCACCAUGAGCACCCCAGGCGUGCUGACCUUCACCCAGCAAGCCUGGGAGCAGGUCCUGGCCAAAGUGAAACGGGCCGUGGUCUACCUGGACGUCGCCUGCGCCGAGAGCCUGCACUGGGGCUGCGGGUCCUCACGGCUGCUGGAGGCGGUGGGGAACUCUGCGUGUUACCUGCGGGAGUUCGAGCCCGCCGCAGUUGGUGGCGGAGCCGAGCAGCCCAAAGCGGUGUUUGUGUUGAGUUGCCUGCUGAAAGGCCGGACCGUGGAGACCCUACGGGACAUCAUCUGCCGCAGUCACUUCCAGUAUUGUGUGGUGGUCACGGCUGUGAAUCACGCAGUCCACCUCACGGCCAAUCACGUGCCGCCGGCGGCGGCGGCUGAGCUGGAAGGGCAGCAGCCAGUGUUCGAGCAACUGGAGGAGAAGCUGUGUGAGUGGAUGGGCAACAUGAACUACACGGCUGAGGUGCUGCACGUCCCGUUGUUACUCGCAUGUGCUGCUCCCCACCUUGCCUUGACUCCAGCUUUUGCUUCCCUUUUCCCACUAUUACCCCAGGAUGUGCAUAUCCUCAACCGUGCCCGAUCGGACAAGAGGAGGCUGGGAAACCUGGCUGAGGUGGAUGCCACUACCCUAACCCCUGAGCUGCUGCUGACGAUUAGGUGCCUGGUGUCCGGCCUCAGUUCCCUGUGUGAGCAUUUAGGGGUACGGGAGGAGUGUUUUGCUGUAGGUUCCCUCAGUCGGAUCAUCGCUGCAGAUCUGGCCAAUUUUGCUCCCGCCAAGAACAGGAGGAAGACCGCCACAGGCAGGGCAUCAGUGGUCUUUGUGGACAGAACUCUGGAUCUCACAGGGGCGGUUGGACAUCAUGGAGACAACUUGGUGGAGAAGAUCCUUUCAGUGCUUCCCCAGCUUCCGGGCCACACCAAUGAUGUGAUGGUUAACAUGGUGGAACUCACUGCACUCCAGGCCGAGGAGGAGAAUCAGAAUAUGGUUGCACCCGGCUGUCUCGCACAAUCCAAUGACCCGGCAGCCAAAGCCCUGUGGGAAGCCUUAUUGAACACCAAGCACAAAGAGGCAGUGAUGGAAGUCCGGAGACAUCUAGUGGAAGCAGCAAGCAGAGAAAACCUGCCAAUCAAGAUGAGUAUGGGGAGAGUCACUCCGGGACAGCUCACGUCCUAUAUUCAUCUCUUCAAGAACAACCUCAAAGCUCUAGGGAAUCACUGUGGGCUCCUACAGCUUGGGCUGGCCACUGUUCAAACUCUGAAACACCCGCAGACUGCCAAGUGGGACAAUUUUCUGGCUUUUGAAAGGCUCCUUCUCCAGAGCAUUGGGGAGUCGACAAUGUCUGUUGUGUUAAAUCAGCUGCUUCCCAUGAUUAAGCCUUCGAACCAGAGGACUAAUGAUGACUACAGCCCCGAAGAGCUGCUGGUCCUCCUGAUAUAUAUUUAUUCUGUCAGUGGAGAGUUCUCAGUGGACAAAGACCUGGGUGAAGGUGAAGAAAAAGUGAAGAAAGCGUUGGCUCAAGUCUUUUGUGAGGAGUCUGAAUUGUCACCUUUGCUGCAAAAAAUCACAGGCUGUGACUCUUCAAUUAACCUGACAUUUCACAAGUCCAGAAGUGCCGUGGAUGAACUCUUUACUUCGCUUCGGGAUAUUGCUGGAGCUCGGAAUCUCAUGAAACAGUUUAAGUCUGUAUAUGUUCCUGGAAAUCAUACCCACCAGGCAUCCUAUAAGCCGUUGUUGAAGCAGGUUGUGGAGGAAAUAUUUAAUCCCGAGAGGCCAGAUCCCGUUGACAUUGAACACAUGUCUUCAGGCCUCACUGAUCUCCUUAAAACUGGAUUUAGCAUGUUCAUGAAGGUGAGCCGGCCUCAUCCCAGCGACCACCCUCUUCUGAUUCUCUUCGUGGUGGGCGGGGUCACAGUCUCGGAAGCCAAAAUGAUCAAAGACCUUGUGCCAUCCCUGAAGCCAGGAACCCAGAGAGAGUGGCUCAGAGAACCUGGGGCUUCAGGAGCAGGCUUGCCUGCUGCUGUGUCACCGCUGCUGCCUCUACCUCCUGGGCCACACAGAAUCUACGAGCAGAUCAGCCUCUUCCCUCCUCCACAGGUCUUCCCCCCAGGGCCACUCUUCUCCAAACCGAGUAUCUUCAGUUCUUCCAGCUUCCCCACCCCAGCCCGUGCUGUGGACCCGAGUGCCUCAGCUCCCGGGCAGCUCUCCUGGGCCCCCAGGUCUCUCCCUCUCAUGCUCACUUACCACUGAGCGCCCUUGCCAUGGGCUGAUCAGUGCAGAGGCACUGGGGCCCCCUCCUCCUCCUACCACGGCCCCUCCCUGCCGCUGGGCCUUCUUUUCCUACCACCCUUCUGCUGGCCUGCUCCUCUCCAGCCUCAGGACUUUGCACUUACUUUAAUCCCUCAAACAGGACCUGGCACCAGCUGUCAUGAUUAUUCAUUGCAUAUUGAAUACUAGAAACCGUAUUUGCAUUAUUGAAGCAUAAGAUAAAAGCAGCUUUUCUGUAGACUACGCCAACCUGUUACUGAUUCUGGGAUUAUGGACAACUAAAACCACUCUGUCUUUUGUAUCAAUUGCUAUGAUCCGUACCUACUGUGUAUCAACAUGGGUGCUUUUUGGACCCAGGUGCAGGAACUUACAGUCUCUUAAACUGGAUUAGUCGAUUAUCCAGUAAACAUUUAUUGAGCAUCUACUCUGUGCCAAGCACUGUUCUUUGUGCUGAGGAUAGAGCGGUGGCCAAGCCAGACUCGUUCCUGCUUUCAUGGAACUUACAUUCUAAUAGUAAGUGAUUGACUGACAUUGAACACGGAAGCUCCAGCUAGACAUGAGUGUUCCGGGAACAUAGGCAGGUGCUGUGAUGGGAAUACCUGGGGGCUUGGAGGCAAGAGGUUCCUUCAUACGGCACCGGCUUCCCCUGGAGCAGAAGGCUGGUGAGCUGAGAUUUGCAAGGCAUCCGGGGAUCUGCUCUUCAAAGGAAACGGCUGAUAGAAGUCACUUAAGGCACAUCCAGAAAUGAAUUCUCUUUUACAAAAGAUGGUAAGGAUAGCAUGAAACUGUGGAAUCCAGAAACUGCAUUAGCAGCUGCUAGUCCUAGAGGAUGGUUGCUAUACUCUAAAAUGGGGUGUUUUCUCCGCUCUCCAUCUGUGGUUCUUGGUAAACGUGCUGAGAGAAAGUGGGCAGCUGGAGAAGGCCCUCCUUCCUGACUACAAAAAAAAAAAAAGGAUCAAAGAGGCAACCUCUCAACCCCACUGCAAACAGCCACAGCCAUAAGCAGGAGAGUUCGCGGGCUUGCCCUGGUCUGGGGUGCGUGUGCUCAGCACCGACCUCUCUCAUUCCAGACAGCUCUGCAGGCUGAACCCCGUAGCUGGGUCGUGGCCAAGAGGCCAGCAGAAGCCUGCGAUUGUGGGAGGAAAAUAACAGGGAGGGACCCCUCCAGAAAAUACAGGGAAAGGCCAGCUCAGGAAGCAGAGGAAGACCGAGUGACCAAGCCGACCCUGCCAUCGCAGCUCUUCAUGGGCUAGUGCACGUUGGCCAGCCACACUUCCAUGUGCAUCUCCAUUUCUGGAGCUGAACAUUUAGUGAGAAUGUAAGAGGAAAAAAAAAUUAGACCCGGAAAUAUGCUCAUACGCAUACAAUUUUGCACAACUGUGGAGGUUCAAGGAUACCUAAAUCCUGGAUGUGUACCAUAGCUCCAGGUUAUUCUAAAAUUUGAAGCCCCAAAGAGAAGAGUCAAGCCACUUCCUUUUCUUUUUUUGGUCUACAUUUAAUUUGUUCUGAAGUUUCUUACUCUAAGGAAAAUGUCAGUGAGAUUCAAAAUUUUUAUUUUUACCUGAGUUAGCUUAGGCCCUUAUCAUUUGAACUAUUAGAUGGCAUUACACAUGUUCAUAUUGUUCCUCUUAACAUUACCCUUCAUUCCUACGCACUUCAUGUGUCUUUGAUACUUGUAGCAAUCCACGUAACAACGCUGAAGUCAUUUACAAUGGAAGGUUUUUGUUCUUGUUGUUUUCCCUCAAGAGACUUCUUUUUGAACAACCAUCAUGAGGGACAAAAGCGAAGAGGCAUCUGAAAUCUCAUCAGGUUCCUUAGGAGAGCCUAAGCACAGCACACUCACCCCUCAGGCAAUGAGAAGGCAGUGAGUUUUCCAGAAAGCUCGUCAUGUCUGUUUAAUUAAUCCACUGCCCCACUGUUUUAACGAUACAAACAUUUUAUGUUUAACACACGUGUGUACAUGCGUGUGUACGUGCAGCACCUGUGCUAAUGGGGGUGAGUGGUGCCUUGAAUCUGACAUGUGCUCCAAAACCAGUUCAUCAGCUGGAUGAAUAUGCGUGUUGGUACCUGUGCGUAUUAGUCGCUUUUACUGGGAAGCAUCUCCCAAGGUCAAAAGAAAAAUAGAGAAAAACUAUUUUUUACCCCCCUCUCCUUUCACUUCACAAUGUUAGAAACCAGAGGGAUAUGGAGUCUAAAUCCUGGGUUGCCGGCUUCCCCCUGUUCAGCAGAAAUGGAACAGGAAGAUGCUGGCACCUACAAGUUACGGCCCGGAGAAGCAGAAGGUGGAGAGAAAGCUAGCAGGCUGGGUCACUCUUGCAGGAGCCAGGGUGGGCUGAGGACAGAGACAAGAUGCCCCUCCUUCAGCUGGAGUAGAGAGCCUGUGUGGAGCCCCAAAGGCAGCUUUUUAGGGGCUUGGACCUGGUGUCCUUCACCUUUGCCUCCCCGAUGGAAAUUUUUAUCAGUGCCCUUGGUUGCCUGGGAAAAAGCCAGUCCUCCGAAAGGAGCUCUAGUGCUUAAUUUACCCCAUAUCACACAUUUGAUGACUAUGUUCAUAAAAUUUAAAUUUCAUAUCCAACAGGCCAAUUUCAGAUUGCUUUAAGCAUUUUCUUUUUUUGAGUGCCAUUUCCCCUCAUUUAGCUAACUUUUUAUAAUUUUAAGGACUAUUUCAGUCAAAUAAGGCAGAAAUGCUUUUUGUCGAAUACGCUCAAAAACAGGAAAUGCUCAAAAGCGUUCUGAAGAACAAAAGACGCCUAAGAUGUGAAAAUGCUUAAGGACCAUCAGCUAUUAUACUAUAAAGGAAAUGUUAGUGGUGUGAUCCUGCUUGUUCUUCAAAAUCGGAAUUUUAGACAAGUGGGUUUUCAGCUGAACUGAUUUGAAACAAAUUUACGCAGAGCUAUUUGAGAUAGCAGAGCCUGCUGGUGUGAAAAACUUCCUGCUGGCUAAACUCACUGCCUCCUUCCUAGUCUUGUUUUUGUUCAUUCAUUUAAUCAGUCAUUGGCUAACUCACUAUAUCGAGGACCUGCUAGGUAUCAGGCACUGUGCCAGCACACAACAAAGAAACAAGGAAUACAAUGUGAUACCAACAGCCAUGGGAACAUCCUCAGUCUUCAGAGAGGCGUGGUCUGGGAGGGCUUCUGGGAGGUGGUGAUGCCUGAGUCGAUUAUUGAAGGAUGAUUAAGAGGACUUCAGGCAAAGAGUUGGGAACUCUCGUUCCAGAUGAAGAAGCAUCCCCAAAGUGCCAUUUGUGAAACUGCAGAUCAUUUAGGGUGGCUGGAAUGUGGAACCAGUGGUGAGGGGUGUGUGGUGGCCAGGGGGUGUGGUGGGGUGUGGAGUACUGAACAGCCAUCAGUCUCUAAAGUCCUGGAAUGCUCUCUAAGACGGUUGGACUUACAGAUUUUUGGUUUGCGGUUACCAUGAGGUUUUGAUACAGCAGUCUAUAUACAUACAAGAUUGUUUUAAGUUGCCGGUCUCUUAAUUUCAAGUGCAUUUCCAACAUCCUGCAUUUUGAUAUCAUAUUUGUGUGUGGAGGAUUUCCUACCUUUACUGUAUGUUUGCCUUUACUCGUGAGCGUUCCCAUUCGUAAUUUUCCUUUUUCUAGUUGUGGCCUUUUCUUUUCCCUCUAGAGAAGUUCCUCUAGCAUUUGUUACAAAGCUGGUCUGAUGGUGCUGAUUUCUCUUAGCUUUUGCUUGUCUGUAAAGCUUUUGAUUUCCCCAUCCAGUCUGAAUGAGAGCCUUGCUGGGUAGUGUAUUCUUGGUUGUUGGUUUUUCCCUUUUAUCAUUUUAAAUAUGUCCUGCCACUCCCUUCUAGCCUGCAGAGUUUCUGCUGAAAGAUCAGCUGAAAGUCUUAUGGGGAUUCCCUUGUAUGUUAUUUGCUGCUUUUCCCUUGUUGCUUUUAACAUUUUCUCUUUGGCUUUAAUUUUUGUCAGUUUGAUUAAUAUGUGUCUUGGUGUGUGCCUCUUUGGAUUUAUCCUGUGUGGGACUCUCUGCGCUUCCUGGACUUGAGAAUGUUUCCUUUCCCAAGUUAGGGAAGUUUUCGGCUAUUAUCUCUUCAAAUAUUUUCUCAGGCCCUUUCUCUCUCUCUUUUCCUUCUGAGACCCCUGUAAUAUGCAUGUUGGUACAUUUUAUGUUGUCCCAGAGGUCUCUUAGACUGUCCUUAUUUCUUUCAUUCUUCUUUCUUUAUUCUAUUCCCCAGCACUGGGUCAGGCUUAUAAAUGGUAGAGAGAAGGCAGUCAGGAUUUUAAACCUAUGAAUAAAUACAGUCAGAUUUACACUUGGGGAAGAUGGCUCUGGCACAUUUAUCUCCUCUGAGUCCACCCCAGUGACUGCUGUGAGCUGAAUAGAGGGAAUGCAGCAGAGGAUGAGAAUAGUGAAGAUGGUGAUGAUAAUGAAGACGAUAAUAGCAGGUACCAUUUUAAGCCCCUCCAGAGCCUGCCAUUGUGCUAAGUAUUUUCUGUGUAUGUUCACAUUUGAUCCUCAUGAUAAUCGUGUGAGGUGGAUAUCAUUAUUCCCACUUUAUAGAUGAGGACUUGAGGCUCAGAGUGAUUAAGCAAAUUCUCCAGGGUCCAUCGUCUGGCAGGUGGCCAGCUGGGGCCCAGCUCAAACUGGACACUCCUAAGUCUGUGCUCUUAACGACUGUACUGUCCAGCGAGAGUCCUUGGUCCCAGCUUCCUCCUUUCCUCCCCUCCUCAAAGACCCCCUCAGUUACUUCACAGGCUGCCUUUGUUUUCCAUCUGCUUCUUUACAGCCCUCCACAGGGCAUGCCCCAGACACCCUCAGGUUUAGCCCUCAUGCUGUCUAAAUACCCAUAUGUCUAGAUGUGAGGGUCCUGGUCCUUGGUUCCAGCUUGGUGGAGGUGACCAAACCCAGUCACUGUCAGCCAUGACUGAAAGCCCAGCACACGGCCUGAGAGUGACAGAUUCUUUUAGCUUAGUUAUCACUGCUCUAGAAGUGUCCACAUCAACCGAGUCUACAGCCCUUCCCCUCCAAGUUCCUCAACCCUGUUAAUAAGACUUAACCAUCCUGUGGUACUCGCUCUAGCCAUUACACUUGCCCUCACCUCAGCCAGAGAGGAAUUCACCGUCUUCGCAUUGGAACUAAGGACCCCAGGGGCUGGCAGCGGUGGUGGAGCCUGGCGAGCAGGAGGGCAGGGGAGGGGCUGUGGCCAUCAGCUUCCCUGGCCUCUCCUACCUCUCAAGAGUCUAUUCUUAUGCAAAGGAUUUUUGUCUUUAUAUGUUCAUUUUUUAAGGGUUUAAAGGGUUUUCUUAACCUGUCUAUGAGUCCUAGUUAUCCACCUAAACCUCACCUAAAACUAUAUUCAGAAUCUUGUGUGUACACAUAUGCAUAUUUUUCUAGAGAGUUUUUAGCUUUCAUAAGAUUCAAAAGGAGGCCUAUGACGCAAUCACAAAACACAAUCAAAUAGCAGCUCAGAAUUGCUGAGCACCUCACCUGCUCUACGCACUUGGCCUUCUGUAAUCCUUGCCACAGUGCUACAAGCUCGGGGCUGUUGCUUUUCUUCUGGGAAGGAUAGAGUGAGGCCCCAGGUGAAGUGACCCUCCCCGGGGCAUGUAGCCCAUCCGCGGUGGAGGCGGGCUCUACUAGCGUCUGGUGAGCGUGCAGGUCUGGGCACCGCCAUUCUCAACCAUCUGUUGGACCUGGCCCGGAAGCCCCCGAGGAGUGAGUAGAGACCCUGUCCUCUCUCUCCAGAGCCACAUAUUCAAAUGGUAUCUACACCAUGUGAUAAGGGGGUGCUAAUAUUCACUGUCUGCCCUCAGACUCUCAUCACAUGGCUUUCUAGGAAAGAUGUGAGCACAGAUUGCAGUGUAUUUUUUUCUGCCAGAAAUAUGACUUGGCUGACAUUAGCCAUAUAUUUUCAAGGAUAAUUCUCUUUCAAAAAAUAGUAACAUCACUGCUUUCAAAGAUUAAUUUUUGUUUUAAACAGAAAACUUUUUAAUAACCUCAUUUCUUUAACAACAACAAGCACAAGAAAAUUAUAAAAUGCUUCCUUCUCUCCUCCUCUCCCUCAGCUUCUCCUCCACAUUGGAGCGUAGGCUCUGGUUUUGGCCAGUGAGUUGGUUAAUUCAUUGCUUUGGUUCCACCUGGGAUAGCUUUGGGGCUGGGAGGGGUAGAGAGUGAGGUGUGAGUGCCAACUUGCUUCCCUGCAAGAGGCCUGGCCAGGCGGUGUGGCCCCUUGAAGCCAGGCCUGCUGCUGGCCUGCGACCCCCCGCGCUCAGGGGCUGGGCUGUGGCAUCUGACUCAUACCUCCUUCCCACGUC